AUGGUGUGUCAUAACGAAGAACUUUACUCGGAAGUGGACAUGGUGUACCUGCGGAUGAUACCUGGAGAACAUCAACAUCUUGGUCGGCCUCCUGAAAUAGUCACAGAUCACCGUCUUCGUUUCUUCAGUAACGUUAUGAGAAGAUCGUCUGAUCAUCUUGUGCGACGUGGUCUAGUGGAAUAUCGAAGACCGGCUGAAAUAUCUACAAAGCGAGGAUGUGGAUAA